UAUAGACCUUCUUUAUAAACAUUUCUCUCCCCUGACCGCCUCUGGAGUGGGUGAUCUGCGCCAUUUUACGUGAAGAGGGGCAAUUCAGUUGGUACGCACCAAAGUUCAUAAAGGCUCGAAUCCCAGAGACAUAAAAAUGGGAGAUCUCGGCCACCCUGUUGAUAUCCCUUCCGUGCCUUUCGCACAACGUCCUAUCGUCAUUUUGGGAGCUGGCAUUAUUGGGUGUGCUGCCGCGAGACAACUUCUUCUCAAUGGAUUCUCUGUAGUCUUGGUUGCCGAGUAUCUCCCCGGGGACCAGAAUAUUUUCUAUGCAUCGGCUUGGGCUGGUGCAGCAUGGCAUGCUGCCGGGGGAAUUAGCCCUGAAUAUCGAUACUACCAAGCGAUCACCCAUCGUCACUUGUUAAAAAUGGCCCAGGAGGAUCCUGAAUCAGGGGUGUGCAUCGUCGAUACACGCGAGUUCCUUGAAAACCCCCCAAGCGAGAACUCUGCAAUUUGGGGGAAGACGGUGGUAUCAAAGUUCCGCGACCUAAAGCCCAAUGAAUAUCCCUCCAAUUUCGCCUGCGGGUGGGCAUACGAUACUCUUGUCACGGAUCCUACGCGUCACAUGCCCUAUUUGGGAAAGCAAAUCAUUGCCCUCGGCGGCCAAUUCAUUCGGAAACGAGUCGAAUCACUCCAGGAGCUGUACGCCAUGUUCCCAGAAUCAAGCAUUUUCAUCAAUGCGAGCGGCAUAGGAAGUAGAUCCCUCAGCGAUGUCCAGGAUGAGAAGUGUUUCCCUGAACGAGGACAAAACGUGUUUUUCCGGACCGACAAUUGUCACACGAUGUACUUCCGGAAUGGCAAGGAAUACACUUAUGUCAUCCCACGUCCUCAGUCGAAAGGUGUCGUGUUGGGUGGGGUUAAACAAAGCGACAACCUGUCGCCCGAGGUGGACAUGGAUAUAGCUCGAGAUGAGAUCGCACGCGCCCAUCGUCUCGCACCCGAGAUAGUUCCGGAGAAUCCCCCCGAAGAAUCGCUCGACUAUAUCAUCGGUAUCCGCCCGUCUAGACAAGGGGGUUUCCGUUUGGAUUCCGAGAAGGUAGGCAAUCGCAUUGUCCUCUCGGCGUAUGGAUUCGGUGGAGGUGGCUAUGCCUUCUCAUACGGUGUAGCAGAUGCUUUGGCGAAGAUGGUGGAAACGGCUGAGCGGGAGAAUGUGAUUCUCUAGGCGGCUCAUGGACUUCUUUAGGGGUUCAGUCCGAUCCGUCUACGCGGGGCUGUUUCAAAACUCGAUUGGAUCUUGCGUUGGUUGCAUUUUGCCGUUCAACUUCAUUAAUUAGCGACAGUAUGGUGAUACCAGUAUAAUAGCCAAGAGUUCGUCAAUCCCACAGGGACUUUCAUGACAAAUCAAGUGAUAUCAGCCUGGCUCUCUGACACUUUUUUUUCUUUGGCUUUUUCUGCGGUUUCACACAGAGACAUGACCAUUAUCUAAUUGCCUGAGGCGGUCAGAUCAACGUGAC